AUGAAUGUGCCUCGGAUAUCAGCGGAGCCAGGGCAGACUCCGUCUCGACCAUCGGGUGAGACGGGCUCUGGCCGGGGUAAGACGACAACUACGGCCUGCGAGAGGUGUCGAAGGAGGAAGAUUCGUUGCGACGGAGAGACGCCGUGUGCCACCUGUCGGCGCUUUCGAAUUAGUUGUGUGCGGAUACAGAAGAACGACACCCACGCGUUGGAGCAGCGCGUCCGCCAGCUCGAGGCGCAAAUCGCUGAAUUCACAGCCGGCGUAUCGAGCGCUCCGAACGAAGAUGCGAAUCCAUUGUCAGCCCAACAGUGGCCGCCAGAUAUUCGAAUAGCCACCGAUUUCGGCUCUCCGGGACCGGCAAUAACCACGGAUGAGUUUGGUCAGUUUCCGCCAGCGAGCUUGUCCCAACUAGACAUUCCAAGCAUUCAAGUUGUCGAUUAUGCGGAUGCGUUCUCUCCAGUCUCGCCUGUUUCGCCGGUGUCGCUGUCGCCUUCGCCCUUAUUUCACCCGCUGGCUCCUGCGCCUUCGCUGGAGAAUCUAGACAGUCUUCGCCCUCCAAAUACUGCUGCAGUUUCUCCUCCUGUGGGUGCAUGUCCAUCGCCGAACCAUACCGUCAUGCCGUACCUGUCUCCGAGGAGUCUGCCCGGGCCGUCCAGAUCGCGGAGCUCGUCCAUCUCAUCGCUGGGCCUCGACUCGGAUUGGGCGUCAGCACCAGGCGAUCUCCCCGCGUUUAACUUCGAGAGCGACUUUCACCAGGCUGUUUUCGACAUGUCUCCGACAUCUCCAACUGCAGAGGCUCCACGGACGCCAGGAAGGUUUGAGGCUGAAAUGCUGCUGGAUAAAUUCUUCGACCGCGUUCACAGAUCGAAACAGCCGCUCGCACCGUAUCCUCUCAAUCGUAGCAAGCUGUUUGAGUUCCUCGACAUCGUUGAUUCCCCGCAACUCGCUCUCCACGGCCCUUGUUCCGUGUCGAUGGCUCGCUUCCACGUGUAUAUGGCGAUGGCGGUCGGGUUGAGGGUGGAGGCAGAUGGGAGAAGCACCACAAUGCAAAUGCUGCAGAGUUGCUACCGACUGGCGAUGGAUGAGACGCGGUCGCCCUCGUUCUGGAAACAGAGGUUCUCGCUAGAGGCCGCGAUCCUGGUGAUGUUAUUUUCACAGGUCCAAUUAGACCGGGAGAAUAGUCCCAAUAAUACGAUUGAGGUUGGAUUUAGCAUCGACGAGUGUCUUCGAGAGUGUUGUAGGCAGCUCAAAUCCAGCGGGGUACCACGCUCGGAGAGGUUCACCGAACCUUUAAGCAAGGCUUAG